AUGAGCGUCGACAUCUCAACCGAUGAAGGCUACACCGGGCUGCUGAAAACAAUCACACAAGAUAAACAUUUGGAUCCAGCCGAUGUCCUAGACGAUUUAGAGGAAAGCCAUGACCAGCUCGAAGUCGAUAUGUCUGGUCUUGGUGAUGCUGUUCGGGAAGCCUCAAAAGGUGUCUCUGAGAAAACCUCUCAAGAAUAUUUACGGUGUGACCUUAUCAAGCUCGACGGUACCCCUGUGUUGGAGGAACGCUCCACCUACACACAUGCACAGAAGAUGAGAGCUGCUGCAACAUUUGGGUUCGGAAAAAUACACGGCUUAGGGAUGCAGGCAUGGCACCAAAGCGAAAUUUCGGGCAAGAUGCUGGGUAACCCUUCAGUCUCCGAGACGGUUUCUACUUACAUGCUUAGUCUUCGCCGCCGCAAGACGCAGAAGGGGGAUACUCCCAUUAGUGCUCGAGCUGUGUCUUCUGACUUAUUGGAGGAUCUUUACCACUUCAAUAGUCAGCCUCGAUAUCAAGUUCCUCAGACGUUCCAAAGCAGUUUUCAACCAGCUCGCAAAGGCGAACUAGGCCCUCAUUCACGUGCAUCAAUGGACCUUGGCUACAGCUUAGCCUUUUGUGGUCUACUCCGUGUCGAUGAGCUCCUGAAAAUCCAGCUGCAAGAUUUGACGUUGACCGAGAACCCUCUGACUGGGGAAAGUAAACUCAGUUUACAGCUUCCCUUUCGCAAGACUAGCCAGUUCGGAGACAUCAAACCGUUUGUGUUCUAUGAAAUGCCAGACGAAUAUCAGCACAUAUGUGUUGUGCGUGCAUUUGCUCGAUGGAUUCUUGCAUCAGGCUUGACCGAAGGAUAUCUCUUCCGAAAAAUCCGUGCCAAUGAUCGUAUUGCUGAAGAAAAUGAACCUAUGACAUCGGAACAAUUCCUGGAGAUGUUUCGAAACAACUUGCUCGAUGUGGGGGUUGAUUUUGUUCCCUACGGAACUCACUCGUUUAGACGCGGUGGAUGCCAGUGGUUAUCGGUUGAGCGUCGAUGGCCUUUGCGUCAAAUCUGUGAAUGGGGGGGCUGGAGUCAAGAAUUUACGCACUUGACCAUCGUCAAGUACCUUAUUUCAUGGAACGACAACCCUCAUGUCGAUCGAGAUGAUUUCUUCAACAUGAAGCGUGCGCCUGCGAAAGUCUGUCCUACCUGCAACCGCUCUUGUCAUUGUGCUUAG